UUUUCAUACUGUCACCAGAUUCUUCUCCUGAUCUUCACAGAGCAAAAUGGAGAGUGCUGCCUUCCACAGAAACUCUUCAUCAUCUAACAGCUCAGCCAACACGGAGCUCUUGUCCCGGACUGGUUACACAAUUCUGGCCGUUAUCAUGGGUGUGUUCUCUGUGGCAGGGAUCAUCCUCAAUGUCGUGGUGAUUGUGGUGACGGUGAAGCACAGACAGCUAAGGCAGCCACUCAGCUAUGCCCUGGUUAACCUAGCUGUUUGUGACCUGGGCUGUGCUGUGUUUGGAGGCCUGCCCACCACAGUGACCAGCGCCAUGGGAUACUUCAACCUGGGACGUGUGGGCUGUGUGUUAGAAGCCUUUGCUGUUUCCUUUUUCGGUAUAGCGAGUCUGUGCACAGUUGCAGUCAUUUCUGUUGAACGUUACGUAGUGGUGUGUUAUCCCAUGGGUGCGGUCCUCUUCCAGACCAGGCAUGCAGUUGCUGGAGUGGUACUGUCCUGGGUGUGGUCAUUUGUGUGGAGCACUCCACCUCUGUUUGGGUGGGGAACUUUUGAGUUGGAGGGGGUCAAAACCUCCUGUGCUCCUAAAUGGCAUAGCCGUGAUGUUGGGGACAUGUCCUACAUGAUAAUAUUCUUCUUCCUUUGCUUUGCCUUGCCCUUUUCUGUCGUCAUGGUUUCUUACUCGCGGCUUUUAUGGACUCUCCGCCAGGUGACCAAGCUGCAGGUAUCUGAAACAGGAAGCACAAGUCGUGUAGAGAUGCAGGUGGCGCGCAUGGUAGUGGUGAUGGUGCUGGCCUUCCUAGUCACCUGGCUGCCAUAUGCCGCACUUGCACUUGCUGUCAUGAUAGACUCCAGUCUAUAUGUCGACCCUGUCAUCGCUACCAUUCCUGUGUACUUUGCAAAAAGCAGCACUGUCUACAACCCCAUCAUAUACAUUUUCAUGAACAGACAGUUUCGAGGCUACACUGUUGCUGCGGUUCUGUGUGGAUGGAACCCCUGGUCCUCCGAGCCGCAAACAUCUGAGAACGAGACCACUGUUGCGUCUGUAAUCAAGACCCCCAAGAAAAUUGUGCCUAAAAAAUCUUUGGAAUAGAAAUGUGUAGAAAUUAUUAUUAUUAUCACUCCAGAGGCGCAUCCUGAUUAUCAGAACAAAGUCAAGACAACUUCUGCAAUGUACUGCAAGAUGGUUUUCACAAACGUAAACAAAAUAUCAGAGAGUAAAAAUGAUGCAAUGAGGAAGAAGGUUGCACAAAUCUAUGUAUUAAGGCAUAAAACAUAACAGUAAUAAA